AUGCCUCAUCAAACACAAAGUAUAGACGAAAGCAUGAUAUUAUUCAAAGGCCACUCGACACUCAAACAGUACAAUCCUAAAAAACCAAUAAAAAGAGGAUACAAACUAUGGUGUCGUUCAGAUAUGUCAGGUUACAUGUAUGAAUUUGAAGUAUAUCAGGGAAAAGAUGAUUCAGAAUUCAAAAGAUUUGGUCUAGGAGGGAGUGUAGUGCAUAAAUUAACCAAAUCUCUUGUCAAUAAAAAUCACAUCAUAAUGAUGGAUAACUUUUUUUCCUCUGUGGAAUUGUAUGAAUAUCUAAAAUAUGUUGGUAUAUAUGCAUGUGGAACUGUACAAAGUAAUCGCAAAGGUUUACCGUCUCUUGCAGUAGACAGCUUUGAAAAGGGGUGA